AUGCAUGGCCUCGGCCUCCUCAUCCUGCUGACCGUGGCUGGAAUGGUGCACGGGACAUGGGACAAUUGCGGCCCCAUGACUUAUUCCUACGGCAAUGUGGCUUACGACUAUGGCAUGACACGUGUCGUGGGUGGUGGCGGUGCCCUGCCAGGGGCCUGGCCCUGGAUCGUCAGCAUCCAGCACCCAUGGCUACCAGGCCCAGGGCAUUGGUGUGGAGGUUCCCUCAUCAGUCCAGAUUGGGUCCUCACAGCAGCCCACUGCUUUGACGGUAUGAGUAAUGCCAGCUUGGUCUACGUGGUGAUUGGGGCCACCCAGUUCACUCAGCCGGGCCCUGGGGCUGCAGUGCGCAAUGUCAAGCAGGUGGUGCUACACCAGUACUACAACCCUACUGACUACAGCUACGACAUUGCCCUGAUGCAAUUGGACCAUCCUGUCCAGUGCAGCUCCUACAUCCAGCUGGCCUGUGUGGCUGAACCUACCCUAAGUGUCUACAAGCUGACAAACUGCUGGGUGGCUGGCUGGGGUUCCACUGCUGCAAGAUCUGAACUUCAACCUGAUCACCUCCAGGAAGCCAAGGUCCAGCUCAUCAAUCUCCAGGUCUGCAACAGCACUGACUGGUACGCAGGGGCAAUCUUCGCCCACAAUGUGUGUGCUGGUUACCCACAGGGAGGCAUCGACACCUGCCAGGGUGACAGCGGUGGUCCUCUCAUGUGCCAGGACAACAAUGCUGACUUCUGGUGGCUGAUCGGAGUGACCAGCUGGGGGAAAGGCUGUGCCAGAGCAAUGCAGCCUGGAGUCUACAGCUCCACUCAGUACUUCUAUGACUGGAUCGAUUACAAUAUGCGUAUAAACGCAGUUAAAAGUGCUCCUUGA